GCAAAAUGGCGUCGAGUGUGAUGAAAAUAAGUAUUUAAAAAGUAUUUAACGUACCUUUAAAAGAGUAGGCAGUGAAUGUUGACUUGCAACUAUGCUGCUUGGUGGAAGUGCUGGAAGACGUCAUGAACAUUUGGAACAAACAAGGAUGGAGAGAAAGGAAGCGGAGGAGGAGUUUCUUGGAAUCCUUUUGACCAAACAACAACUUCUGUUCUUCAAGGAUUUCUUCAUCACGAAUAAGGAUCAACUUCUCUCAAAACCUCGGUGAUGGCAGUUUCUGUCCCGAGGGUUCUGGAAUUAGAAGUCCAAGAGGACGCCAAUGCAGUGAAACUGAUAGACAAACAGCAAGAAGUGUGUGGUGCGAACCAGAAAGGACAGCCCAAAUGUCUCGGGGUUAGUCAGAUUAUGCUGGGACUGAUGAUCAUGUCCUACUCUAUUCCUCUGCACUUCACUGAGUUCACUCAGGUGGUUUUCCUGGGAGUACCAUGGUGGAGUGGCCUGGUGUUUAUUAUUGCUGGAGUGGUGGCUGUCAUCUUGGACAAACGCUGUACGACAUGGACUUACUGCGUGUCCAUGAUUGUGAACGUGGUGUCUGUGGUGCUGUCCAUCGUGGCUGUGAUCAUCUAUUCUGUGGACCUGGACAAAAACCCAGAGUUCCCCUGUGUCAGGAAGAGCAUACAUCACUCCGCCUGUAGUGAAAGAUUCUACGCUACAAGACUGUCCAGAGGACUGAAAUCCUUCCUGCUAUUGUUCACACUGGCCCAGACUGUAGUGUGUGCCACUCUUUGCAUCCUUCUCUACAGACACAAACGCGCCAUUGGGUUGUAUGCUCCUUUUCCUGGAUCCGCUUCAUCUCCUCCAAGAGUCCUCAUAACUCCCGACCAGUGCUGAUCAGUCACAUCACAACAUGAACACUUUUUGUACAUUAAGGAUGCAAAAACUAUAUGAAGGGUUGAAUGUGACAAUAUUAGAUAAAUACAUACAUUUUUAAAGAAUUACUUAAAUGGGUCAUCAAUUAUAUUGGAAUGAAACACAUAAAUAUGUGUCAGUUUAAUGUAAAAGUACAUUUAAUUAUUUUAAUCGUUUAAUAAAUGAUUGAUUUCAUUAUUUCUUAAUUCAACCAAUUAUUUCACAAUGUUAUUGAUGAGGGCUUUGUGAAUUCAGUAAAACUCGCCUGUCGCAGUCCAAACACCUGAUUGAUUACCCAGCAGAGAAGUACUGGUCGAUAUCUUGGUCGGAAAGUGCAGAAAUAACUCCCAACAACUGCAAUACAUCCCUCUACUUCAACUGCUACAUGCUCUAGGUCUCUGUAAGGUCUAAAAUAUAAAAAUACCACCAACUCCCGCAAAAGUAUUCCCUCCUUAGCCGCCAUAUUUCGAAAGACAUCCAAAGUUCCAGGCUUCAAGCUGCAGCAAUCAAUCAAAAUGUAUUCAUGUAGUCAUCAAUCACAAGUGUCUUAAAAGUCUUUAAACCUCACAACGACAUCCCCUGAUUUAAAACCACAUCCAAUCAUCAAACUAAAAUCCUUUAGGCCCCGCCCACUGACUUUAAUGGGUGAGUUUGACGGAUACAAUACAUUCAUGAGGCGCUGACAUGUUCAUGACAUAGUUAAAUAAAAUAUUAAAUCUAGAAAUAAAUAUUUUAAUUAUAAAAAUAAUAAUUCAAUAUUGUACUUUUACAAAACCUAAAACCAGUGAAGUUGCCACG